AUUUAAAAGAAGAAUACCUAAUUGAUUAUUUUUAAUUAAUAAUUUUCAGAAUCUGCUUGCCGAGCUGCGAGCGCUGAAAGAGGCCAACCAGCGGCUAAGCGACGACAACCAGGAGCUGCGGGAUCUGUGCUGCUUCCUGGACGAUGACCGGCAGAAGGGUCGCAAGUUGGCCCGAGAGUGGCAACGAUUCGGACGAUAUACGGCCAGCGUCAUGCGGCAGGAAGUUUCCGCCUAUCAGACCAAACUGCGGCAGCUGGACGACAAACAGCAGGAGCUGAUAAGGGACAAUCUGGAGCUGAAGGAACUUUGUUUGUAUCUGGACGAAGAAAGGAGCAAUACCAAUCGGCCACCUCCGGUGUGCGGAAGUUGUGGAGGACCGGCCGGAAACGGAUCGAAUACUAGUGCGGCUGUUCCGCUGCGAGACGAUGGCGAUGGAAGCAGUUCCAGCACCAAUGCCGACGAGAACAACCUGCAUCAUCAGCUCAAUGGCGGCCAGUUUGGGCGGAAUGGAUUGACGGACCUCAACCUCAGAACCACGCUCAACGACCAGACCUUGCAGUACGUCCGUUCCCUGGAAUCCCGAAUACGGCAGCUGGAAGAGGAACGAUGUGCCAUUUUGAAAAAUCUACCCAUCCCAAGCCCAUCGACAAACGGAACAGUAACCGGAACAGUGAAUGGAGGAAUAUCAAUUCCACAGCAUCAAUCCAGCCCAAAUGUAGGCAACCAAGGAAGCAUCCAAAAUGGCAACGGAAUUCCAGCAACCCUCACGACGACCGUCCCAGAUCCGAUAUCCGGUCGACCGGAAGCAGUCGUGCGGGCUCUUCAAGUUCUUGAAGUGCGGGAACAGCUAGAGCGGGAACGAAUCGGACCGAACAGUACCCCGGAUCAUCACCAGCUGGACGACGGCGAAAAGGCUCUGGUCCGGGAGAUGUGCAAUGUAGUCUGGCGAAAGCUCGAGGAUGUUCCCAGCAACACGGGCAUCGAUCAGCACGUUUGAUCUUUGAGUCCAAAUCUGUUGGCUCGACAUGACUUGGCGGUUUUUUGUCAAUUCCAAGUACGAGACACAACAUCCUCGGGGCGACGAGGAUGGCUAAAUAUGAGGCUUUUCUUGGGCGGUCGUCGAUGGAUUUUUUUUCUCCUUUUCAAAUUGUUCUCUAGUCGACGAGGCCUGUUUUGCACUACUCAAAUAGGUUGGGAUCAUUGUUUGAUGUAUUUAUGUUCUUUGAUGAUGUACAAAUUAAUUAUAAUGAUUCUGCAAAACUUAGAAUGAGUUCGAGAGUCGAUUCAGAACCUUCGAGCUGCUAUCGAGAUCAACGGGCUAGAACAAACCGUAGAUAUGAAAUUCUUUCCAACUCUAGGCAGUAGAGUUUUCUAGGAAAAGAAGUAUAGAUCUACGGAAUCCAUCGUGUAAUUGUAAGAAUGAUAUAGGAUUAAUACCUGAUCCGAGGUCCAAUUUUGUAAAAUCACCUGAAGAAGUCGAAACAAUUUUUAUAAUUAUGUAGGUGAUGAACGGAGGAACAAACAAACAAAAAAGGUUUCAAAAACCUGACCCACAGUUUUGGGUCUAAAGAAGCGCGCUAGAUUUGGAAACCUAUUCAAUUAGAGAGCUAAAGUAUUUAUCAGUGUUUAUUCGGUUUUUUAUUUAUAAAUAGCAGUGGAUGACCUUCGAUUGUACUUACGAAACAUGUGUAAUUAUUAAACUGAGAAGACGGAAGUUUGAACAUAUUCAAUGUAAAAAUUAUAUAACUCUCUUAAUUCGUCAGAUAUUGUGUAAAAACUCAUCGGCUAGGUAACUGACAGAAAUAAAUAAAUCCAACAGCUAUGAUAUUCAACACGAGCAACACUUCGCGCUAUGUAUCUGUGUAAUGUAAGAUUUCUUGUUAGAAUUGUUUUUUAUGUGUAUAAUUUUUAUUAUUUUUUUAUUAGA